AUGUCGGCCAAGACUGUAUGUAGGGACUCCCUUUACGAAAUGCGUGCCAAAUACAUUGCAGGCCACUAUACCUACGAGUGCAAGAACGACGCGGUGUAUGUGUCGCGCCCCAGCCGCACGCAGCAGCUCAAGAACCCGCGCCUGCAGCCGCGUUUUCUGGACCCCAAGGACGUAAUCCUGGAUGCCCGCGAGCAGCGCGCGCUCGCUGAGAAGCAGGAGCGCGAGCGGCAGGCCGAGCGCAAGCGGAGGCGCGAGGCCAAGGCGCAGCGCAAGCGCCGCGGCAGCUCCAGCAGCAGUAGCAGCAGUAGCAGCAGCAGCAGCAGCAGCAGCAGCAGUUCUAGCGGCAGCGACUCGUCCAGCAGCAGCAGCUCGAGUGGCAGCAGCAGCAGCAGUAGCAGCAGCGGCAGCGACAGGUCCAGCGACAGCAGCGACAGCGAAAGUGACAGCGACAGCACGAGCAGCAGCGGCAGCAGCAGCUCAGACUCUGGCUCGUCCUCCGACUCAUCGGGAUCGUCCUCCGACUCUGACAGUAGCAGCUCAGACCAGGAGCGCGGCCGUGGUGGCUCUGGCGCGCGGCGGGACGGCAGCCCCGCGGCUGACGCCCCACGCGGCGCCCGCGAGCCCGAGGGGCGCGCUCCGCGGAUGGGGGGCAAGGAGGCUCUGGACGCGAAGCUUGAGCAUGGCAGCGAGCGUGGAGACGGCGACGAGCGCAAGCGCGAGCGCGGUGGCGAGCGCCGCCGCGGCAGCCCUAGCAAGAGCCGCAGCCGCAGCAGCGACAGCAAGGACAGCGGCAGCCCGAGCAGCAGCGACGGGGGCGGCGGCGGGCGCUGGGGUGACGACGGCGCAAAGAGCCCGCCUCAGAGGGAGGACACCCCGGAAGACGUGCGGGAGGAGGAGGCUGCACGCGGCAAAAGCCCGCCCCGGCGUUCGGUGUUUGACCGCCUGGGGCAGCGUGGCGGCGGGCGCGGUCAGCAGCGCGAGCGCGACGCGCGCGGGGAGUGGGGCGACAGACGCUGGCGCAGCCGCAGCCGCAGCCGCAGCCCAGGGGACAGGGGCCGGGGCGGCCGGGAGCCGCUCCGGCGCGGUGGCGAGGGGGGGCGGCGGCGGAGCCGCAGCAGGAGCCGGAGCCCCCUUCGCCGUGGCCGUUGA